AUGUUUUCCUGUCACUAUUCUUGUCGGAAAUGUAGCGAGUCCUCCUCCAUUAUUAUCGAGAACGAUGAUCUGUUUGAGCAAUGGGCGCGACUUCGGAAGUCCAUUGAACCCGCGGACUGUCGGGACGAUGACGAGCGAGCGAUAAGUGUUGGUUCGGAUGUGAAGCAUCGCCGUCAUUCAAAGAAGCAUCGCAAGGAGAAACGGGAGCAUUCAGAGUUGAAGCGAAAGCACUUGAAAACAGAAUCUGUUUCGAAAGAUGUCGAUGUUGACCUCGUGCCAGCGAAGAAGCCGAAGAAGUUUUCGCCGUGUUCCGAAAAGUUUUCCUCCAUGAAGAAGGUGAACGAUGACAUGCUGAUGAAAUUCUCUCCUGCGGCACCAGGCAAUGCCAAGUUUCUGCCGAAAAUACCGAAGAUCAAACCCAAGUUAACUCAGGAUCCUGGAAAUGGUAUAUUUCGCGGUCGUGAGGAGGGACUGCGGGUUUUGAAUAACAAAAUCUUCUUAUUCACAGCAUCAGGGAAGCAGUUGUCGAGUACGAGCAAAGAUGUGAAGCCCACUGUGAUCCCUCGUGCGUAUCAUAAAGCAUCCAAGGAUGUCAAGCCACGACUUGAAGGAUGCUUUAUUUAUCUACUCCGGGACCGAUUAUUGAUUGCCAGAGGACUGAAGUAUGUCUUCAUUCCAGAUGGGAGGAACAAAUUUUCCAAGCCAAUCCAUUCGGGUCAAGGAACUUUCCGUCCGGGUCCACGGGAUCCUCGUCGACUUCUUCAGCCUCGAUCAGUAACUGCAAAUACCUGCUCACCUCGACCGCCUCAUCACUCUUCUUGGGGCCAACAUCCUGUUCCGAAGAUUGAAAAAUCUUCGGUAGAGCCUGUUGUUAAGCCUGAACGCAGCAGAGCAGCAGAAUAUUUGAACGCCAAAGCCUUGAAAAACGAAAUUCGGAUAUCAGCUGAAUCUGGAAGUGCUCGGCCGAAACCUCUGAUUGGAAAUGUAGUAGUUGAAGGAUCUGAGGAAGUGAAGAGUCCCGAGUACGAGAAUCGUAUUCCAAUUUUAAUUGGGGGAUCUUGUAGAAUGGAACCGAAUCCGGUGGAUCCCACCAUCAACUAUUCCAACAUUAUACCUCUUGCCGGCUUGGAUCGUGGACUAGUUGAAGGCGUAGCUGUGGAAUCCGAAACUUUGAGGAGUCCAAAUUAUAAAAGCGUUGAUCCAGUUGAAACUCGAAGAUCCUCGACUCUAGUUCAAAGACCGAGGCCGCCUGAUGCUCAUUCUGUGAGGAGUCCUAGGUAUGAAAGUCAUGAUCCCGUCGAUACUGGAAGAUCUUCUAGUGUGGCUAGUCAGAGACCGGAUCCUGCAAUCACCAAAUCGGAAAAUAUAUCUCGUGACUCUGAUAAUAUAAGACCCGUUGGACGCUUAGAUUUGGUCAGGUCAUCAGUAUGCGAGAGCGCAAAGAGUCCCAAGUAUGAACAUCGAAGUCCAAUCGACACCGGAAGCGGCUCUUCUGGUGCGUUGCCGAAACCAAAACCGCCUGAUGCGUCGAGCACUCAAUCAAACCUGAUAGUCCUUACUCGAAGUACUCAGUCAGACGUAUUGGUGAGAAACGUGGAUAACAAGAACAGGCCACUUGGAUCCCAGGGCAUGGAUGAACGAUCGAGUCGCAACCUGGCUUCUCGUCCAUGGGAUGUCGAUGCGACGUUCAGAAAGACGAAUGGACGAUUGAAUGACGAGAGACGAGAUCGCGUUGAUGCCCAGUAUGAUAAAAGCGACGGCAGAAGGCAUUCGAAACCCGAGAGGUUCUCUCCAGGAAGGUUCGACCCCACAACGAGACGCUCUCCGUCAACCCACGAAACUUCUGCCCGCAGCAGUCCCUCUGAAGGACGACCCGAGGUAGCCCGCGAUGUCCGCCACGACUCUGGUAGUGGUCGACGUUUCGAGCACGGCCGAGACUCUGUGUCUACUAGGAGGGACAAUUGGCCGAAUCCGGCGCCGUUCAAGAGGGCGUCCAUGUCUAUUUAUGCAAGAACGCCGGCCAAGUCUUCUUCGAUGCGCAGGGAACCCGAUCCUCCGAAACCGGUUCCUGGCUUUCUGUAUCACCCCAAGUUUAAGCCCGUUGAAACGCCCAACUCUGAGGUGUCGGUGAUCGAUGUUACGAGGAAUCAACGUUCAGCGCCAUCUAACGAGGACAUGUUGCGGCUAGUCAGAGGCAAUGAGUCGCCAAGAGAGGGACGAACAGGGAACACGGCGAAAGCACCUCUGCUGGAAAUACGAUCGCCUUUGCUUCGUGUUCCGAAUAAAUCUGUGAUGGACGAGUCGAUCUCCAGGGUGCCAAGGUUGGAGACCAACCGAAGAAAUGUCGAUGCUGAUGUGAGAGCAGUUCCCGGGCAGGCAGGAGGAGGAGGACCACCACCAUUGUUGACAGUUCCUCCGCUGAGAGACCCCUCGCCCACCACUGCUGAGGAUGAGUCUCGGCAGUGUGGCUCGGGUCCUGCUGGGGCUGUUUCCUCGCUUGCUCAGCAUUUCGAAAAGCUUAUCGAGGAGGAGGAGGAGGAUCCGGUUUCUCUCGCCGAAAUUUUCUCAGGAUUGAUGGACGAGGACAAUGUUUGACUUGAUAUCAACCGUCGAGAUAUGUGUUCUUUUGUUCGGAAAGUAUUGCAACGUGGAGAAGUAAACUGAAGGAAGCUUCUUUAUUUUUUA